GUUUGGUGUGUGUUUAGGAGAUGACUCUGACAGAAGGCAAAAAAAUCUUUACCAGCUGGAAGAAUCCACCUCCUCCAAUUUACCUGCAGUUCUUCUUCUUCAACAUCACCAAUCCAGACGCCUUCCUGAAAGGAGAAGCUAAACCUCGCGUGACUGAAAUGGGCCCGUACACCUUCAGACAGUACAGACCCAAAUGCAACGUGACUUUCGUGGACAAUGGAACGAAAGUUUCUGCUUACACAGAAAAGAGAUUCGUCUUUCUCCCGGAGAGAUCUGUGGGAGAUCCUGAUGUUGACAUGGUGACCACAGUGAACAUCCCAGCUGUGGCGGUGAUGAAUAAGAUCAAAGGUGCAGGAUUUUGGGUUUCCUCGGGUAUCUCCAUGUAUAUGAGCUCUAUUGGCACGACCAUGUUCAUGACACACACGGUGAAUGAACUUCUGUGGGGUUUUAAAGAUCCGCUGCUCAGUCGACUCAAAACCAUAAAACCAGAGGUGGACGAACAGUUCGGCCUUCUGCUCCACAAAAACGGCAGUGAUGAUGGAGAGUUUGUGUAUCACACCGGAGAGCAAAACUACCUGGACUUCGGCCGUAUUUACACCUGGCAGGGACAAAAGAUGUUGUCGUUCUGGAAAACCAAUCAGAGUAACAUGAUCAAUGGCUCAGACGGAAGCGCCUUUCAUCCAUUUCUGGAGAAAAGCGAGCGUCUGAACGUCUUCACGGCCGACCUCUGCAGGUCCAUUCACAUGCGCUUUGAGAAGGAGGUGGAGGUGAAAGGAAUCCCGGCGUAUCGCUUCACGCCACCCCGCGCCGCUCUGGCCAGCGGAAAAAACAACCCAGAAAAUGAAGGAUUCUGCAUGACGCCCGGCAAAUGUAUGGAUGAUGGUGUGGUGGACGUCUCUACCUGUCGUAAAGGAGCUCCUGUGGUCGUGUCCUUCGCUCACUUUCACCUGGGUGAUAAGAAAUACGCAGACGCCAUAGACGGCAUUUCUCCGGUUCAUGAGCUUCAUCAGACCUUUCUGGACCUGAACCCUACGAUGGGUGCGCCGGUGCGUGCAAUGAAGAGAGCUCAGAUCAACGUUCGUCUGGAGAGAAUAUCCGGCUUUCCUUUAACCAGGAAUCUAAACAACACCAUCUUUCCUGUCGCGUUUAUGAACGAGUCCGUGCUGAUCGAUGACGUGUCGGCCGCCAGGAUUCAGAAGCUCCUGUUGAUCGUGAAACUGGUCUCUUAUUUGCCUCUCAUUCUGGUGGCCCUGGGAGUCAUUCUGCUCUUCGUCACCAUCCUCCUCCUCGUGCAAUUCAGACAGAAUGAGUCCUCAUCUGUAAAGAAUAACACGUCGUACACACCUGUGAGUGGCAAACCAGACGACCCGGAGGAGAAGAACGGAACUUACAUCGGAUUGACACCGGUGGAUCUACAGAAGUCUUAAACCAGACCGUGUGCGUGUGUGUGUGUGUGUGUGUGUGUGUGUGUGUGUGUGUGUGUGUGUGUGUGUGUGUGUGUGGACAUGUUGUGUGUGUGCGUGUGCGUGUGUAAAUGUGUGUGUGUGUGAUCAUGAGUAGUUUUCAUCAGAGUCCCGCGUCUCUGUAAGAGAUGUUUUCAGCAUUGAAGCACACUGCUGUAAAGCACAGAACAUUCAUUCAUUCAUUCAUUCAUCAUCUGAACACGAAUGACUGAAGAGAUUCAUGAAUGUGUGUGUCAGGUGAUGAACAUCUCAAUAGUUCAGAAUCACUUCAUGAGACACGAAUGCUGCCGGGAUGAAGUUGACAGAUCAUUUAGUUUUUCAAAGUUUAACUUAGAUUCUACGUUCAUUGAGAAUAAAACGAAAGCACAGACAGACAGUAUUGAAUCUGUACUGAAGAGCCGUGUGUGACUGAAGCAGCUCCGACUGAAUGUUUUACUAUACAAACAACAUCCGCAAUACUCAAGUUAGUAGUUAUUUGGGAUUUGUUGACUUGUUCAAAUAUAGUUUGUCCUGUAGGAAAAUAUAACUGAAUUUAGUCUUUAGACAAUUAUUUUGACUCUGAUGAUAAUGUUCCUCCUCAGACAUUUCAGAACUAUUCUUUUUAAAUGCUCUUUUAUUCCUUUGUUUUUAUUUGCUGUGAAAUGAUCUGAAAGUAUUAUUAGACAGGAUUACAACAAGACUGCAAUUCUUUUAUUGUUACUGAAGUGAUAUUUCAGAAUAUUUCCUGAAAUAUUAAAAACCAUUGUUUUCACAUUUUAAUCUGUAUAUUUUCGGUGUAUGUGUAAGGAGCAGAUCAAGGUUUUGCUUUUCACUAGAUGCUUUGAUUAAGAAUCAUAAUAAUUAAUGAAGUCACAUCAUAACCUCACAACAGUGCCACAUACAUAUAUGAAGGUGUAUUAUCAUAUUGCAUUCAAUUACACAAUAUAUUAUUGAAUUGUGUAGCUACACACUUAACACUGUUUCUCUGAUCGUCACUGAUUUUUGUUUCAGUGACUUUUUUGAUGUUUAUCUUGUUUUCCUGAUGUGCCAAACACAUGUUCAAUCCAAACACGCUUUCACAGAUGCUGGUGACAUCAUUGAGUUUGAUUUACUUACACAUUAAUGUCAAAACAUACUCUACUGUAGUGUUCACAAAGUUAUAACAGGGAUUUGACACAUCUGAGCCUGAGAUCAAACACACAAUCUGUAUGUGAAUCAUGUGCUACAGUGUGAAUGUAAUGUGAGUUUUGCGUCUGCAACAUUUCAGGUUUUCAGUUUUGCCUUAUAAAAUCUAAACCUCUAUAAGUGGCCUUUCAUUUCAGACAGCAUUUAACCGAAUCUAUCCGGCUGUUAGAUUUCUAUAUUUCUAGAUAUAUUGAGACUGCACAAAUAAUUGUACAGUUUUGUAUAUAAAUGAAACUUGUUUUCCUGUGGAUUUAUAAGAAAAUGCAAUAAAAACACUUUCGUAAAGACA